AAACCCCACCAGCCGUUUCAUUUAAUGCUCCCUUCUCCUUCUUUCAGAUAAGCAUUGUCGUCGUCCCGACUUCUACUCCAAUUUUUACAGUUUUUUUUUUAAUUUUUUUGCUGGGUUUGUGUUGUAGUAGUAUUGGUGUGUAGGAAAAGGAAGGAGUGAAAUUCGAGAGGUGUUUUUGGAUCGUACUCGGUUUUGAUUGUGUUGUUCUUGUGUAAUAGUGUGGCAUUUUGGGGCGGUCUGAGAUUCCAGGGCGGAUUUGAGAUGGGUAUUCUGAGUGCGAUUUUGGGUUUUGUGGGUUUUGGAGUUGGAACUUCAAUUGGGCUUGUGAUCGGGUAUUACCUCUUCAUCUACUUCCAGCCAACUGAUGUCAAGGAUCCUGCAAUUCGUCCAUUGGUGGAGCAAGAUUCGAAAACUCUGCAGAGGCUGCUUCCGGAGAUACCCAUGUGGGUGAAAAAUCCAGACUAUGAUCGUGUUGACUGGCUUAACAAAUUUAUCGAGCUCAUGUGGCCUUACCUCGACAAGGCAAUUUGCAAAACUGCGAGGACCAUAGCAAAACCCAUUAUUGCUGAGCAAAUUCCGAAAUACAAAAUUGACUCCGUCGAGUUUGAAGCUCUUUCCUUGGGCACCCUACCGCCAACUUUUCAAGGAAUUAAAGUGUAUGUUACCGGUGAGAAGGAAUUGAUAAUGGAGCUACAACUGAAGUGGGCAGGCAAUCCUAACAUCCUUGUUGCGGCUAAAGCAUUUGGUUUGAAAGCCACGGUUCAGGUGGUUGAUUUGCAGGUGUUUGCUUGUCCACGUAUCACCCUGAAGCCUUUGGUUUCAGCCUUUCCUUGUUUUUCAAAAAUCUUUGUCUCUCUUAUGGAGAAGCCACAUGUUGACUUUGGAUUAAAACUGCUUGGAGCAGAUGCUAUGGCUAUUCCUGGCCUGUAUAGGUUUGUCCAGGAGCUUAUCAAAGAACAAGUGGCAAACAUGUACCUAUGGCCCAAAGCCCUAGAAGUACAAAUCAUGGAUCCCACAAUGGCCAUGAGGAAGCCUGUUGGGAUUUUGCAUAUAAAAGUUAUUAAAGCAAUGAAGCUUAAAAAGAAAGAUUUACUAGGAGGAGCAGAUCCAUAUGUGAAGAUCAAGCUCACUGAGGACAAGCUUCCUUCAAAGAAAACAACUGUGAAACAUGGCACUUUGAACCCUGAAUGGAAUGAAGAGUUUAAUUUUGUUAUCAGAGACCUGGAGACUCAAGCAUUAGAACUUAUGGUUUAUGAUUGGGAAAAGAUUGGCAAACAUGACAAGAUGGGUAUAAAUGUCAUUCCACUGAAAGAACUUACGCCUGAAGAGCCUAAAGUUAUGACUCUUGACGUGCUGAAGAACAUGGACCUGAAUGAUACUCAAAAUGAGAAAUCACGUGGGCAGCUUGUUGUGGAAUUGAUCUAUAAACCCUUUACGCAGGAUGAGAUGCCUAAAGAUGAUGAAGAUCCAAAUGCUAUAGAGAAGGCUCCUGAAGGAACACCUGCAACUGGUGGUGUGCUUGUAAUUACCGUCCACGAAGCUGAAGAUGUGGAAGGAAAGCACCACACUAACCCACAAGUGCGCAUACUUUUCAGAGGGGAAGAGAAAAGAACCAAGCUUGUCAAGAAAAAUCGGGAUCCAAGAUGGGAUGAGGAGUUUCAGUUUAUUUUAGAAGAGCCACCGAAAAAUGAUAGGCUUCAUGUUGAAGUGGUCAGCCACUCCACAAGGAUGGGGCUGUUGCAUCCCAAGGAAACUCUUGGAUACGUGGAUAUAAACUUGGCGGAUGUUGUUAGCAACAGAAGAAUCAAUGAAAAAUACCAUUUGAUAGACUCGAAGAAUGGACGCCUUCAACUCGAGCUGCAAUGGAGAACAUCUUCUUGAGGUUAUUGCAGUAAAAGACUCUAGAAAUGGGGAAUAACUGUCCAAGCUUUUCUAGGUUUCAUUGUACAAUUGGUAUACGUUUGCUAGAGUCGACAGUUUGUCUUUUGAAGUUUAAGAUUUUUUUUUGUAAACUCCGAUUCGUUUCGGAUCACGCGUCGUGUUAUUUGCUCCUUUUGAUUUCA